AUGCCCGUUCCCAGUUUUUUGGCCUCCUUCGCUGACAAGGCUCAGUCUGCAAUCAACGCCUCGCCACUCGCUGCUCAUCUUCCAGCUAAUCUUUCAUCACGCCCAACCAGCCCAGAUGCCGCCAAUCAACCAUCUGCCAACGAUUCUGCUGCGCAAGGCGGUCAUAAAUCACACACAUUCGACGCAAUUCAGCAUCAAUUUCGCUCCCUGCAACAGCAGUAUUCGACUACCUCUCCAGUCCAGAAGGUCAUUACUGCAGAAAAAGGUGUUGCGAUCGACUUCGAUAGCGUUUCGCGCGACUCAAAGGCUCAAAGCAAAGAGCUGUAUACCUGGGGUCAAUCUGAAGCAGAGGAUCUGAAAGAUGUGACCGACAGACUUGCGUAUCUAAACUUUGUUCAGGGAUCCCUCGCUAGUUCACUCGCCAUCAAGCUUGAUUCCGCCAGGGCUUCCAUGAAGGCCCUUCGGGAUGCUGAAGCAGCCCUUCUACCACGUCGGAAUAUCCGUGCCGGGAUACAGAAUCAGAUCGGUCGUCUCGAGCAUGCCCAGCAGAAGGGCACGGAGAAAACCAUUUCCGAUCUCAGGGGUCAACUGAAGAAAGCUGAACAGGACGAUUUACCGCUGGAACGAGAAAUCGAGCUUUUGAAACGCAAAGCGGUCAGGGAAAGCGAGCGACUCAAAUGGGAAGCCCUUCGUGAAUACGGCGAGAAGUUGGUUCUCCUCUCCCAAACAGCAACACCAAUCAUCGCAGCACUGCCUACGUUGCCACCAAACCAGGCCAGUCCGUACACAGGUGCUCAAGUAACAGGAGCAGCUCGCGCAUCCCUCCAGCGUGCUUUAGACAACUACAAAACAGGGCACAUCAAUCUCCCCCCUCAAGUAGCUGGUUCUGAUCUCAGCCGCUCAGACACCCGCAGCUUCGGGGAAAGUCAUGCCAGCGAGCUGUCGAAUAUCAGCACGGACAGCAUAAGUCUCCAAUCGAGCAUCCCAACGACACCCCCAGUCGUCAGCCAACCUCUUGCCCAGGUUCCCCCGACAGAACAGACCUCCCCUCCUGAACAGGCAGUGUCGCCACCUAUUAACCCGCUUACACUUAACCAGUCACCGUCACCAAUUCCCGCCGUUGUGAAUGCAGCCACCACCCCGAUCGCGUUGGACUCUGGCGAUACCUCCAUCACUGUCCCAACAAUCAUCCCGACCGUUGCAGAGACUGGCGUUCCCGUGUCUGCUGGGCCAUCUGGGCCUGGACCAGCUAGCGGUUCGCUGCACGAUAUUAGGGGAGCGUCUUCUCUCGCUGGCCCGCGAAGUGGAGGUCUACCUGGCAAUGAGUCGCAAAUACCUGCAUAUGGUGAACCCCCAGCCUCCAACGUCGCAAGUUCUCAGAAACUUGAGUCUGCAGAGGAGGAGAAAAAGAGGCUGGCGGCUGCGUAUACCCUGCAUGAUUCCGCUGUUGCCUCAGCUCCGUCGACGGCCACUCCUCAAGCAGCUGCGGCAGUUUCACCACCUCACGAGAGCGCGGAGGAAGAAAAGAAACGGCUGGAGCGAGAGGAACGGGAGAGGUUUUUGCAGGCAGGUUCGAGUCAAGGAGGGCCCCCAAAGAAGGAUGGAGCUGAUGAGGAUCUGCCUCCUUAUCAAGAACCUGGUUCGCAGUAAAUUUCUCGUUUUUAAAUUUGGAAUGUUACCAUCUGUAUAAUGUACUGUAUCGGACGAUCAACCCGGAGGAACAAAUAUUGGUAUUGGAAUUC